AUGGCAUUCUGUUUUCCCAUCGCCCUUCUCCCUCUCUGUUAUCCGACCCCUCAUGUCCCAGAGAAGGGGUUCCAGGAUCUCCCUGCGGAAAUCAAGCUUCUUAUCAUUGAGUUCCUUGAUCGUGACACCUUGACCCUGAGUCGUCUUGCUGCCUGUAACAGGGAGCUAUAUGACAUGGCAAUGCCUACGUUGUAUGCUAAUGUAUCUUUGGGGGCUCCUACUCAUUACCGGAUUUGGCCUGGUUUGGCAUGGCCCGCCGAUCGUCGUUCCCUAGAACGCUUUCUUCUUACGAUGCUCCGCAAACCUCACCUUGCUAUACUUGUCAAAUCCCUCGAUUUGACUGACCUACACGACCUUUGCAUCGCGCACAGGCAGCUGAGUGCAUCUCACCCAAAGAGAAAACAGCUCACUAUCGAGCCCCUCUGCCCAGAAGAUCAUCAAAUGAUUGUGGAUGCAGCCACGAAGAUACCAUUGGGGAAGAUAAUGGGGGAGUCACUGGGGCAGGCCAUUGAGCCCAAUCCACCACGGUCAGACGCGUUAGUGGCCGUUCUUUUGGGAUAUCUGCCUGCCCUAGAGCGCCUUGAGAUGCCAAUGGAGAGUGAUGACCCACCCCGUGAUCCUACAACCACAGCCUGGAGCCUGACUGAACGUGUCUUGGUGAGUAUGGCUGGCAUGCGUCCGGGGGGCACCAGCGUCGUAGCUGGUGCACAAACCCUUAUGCUAUCUAAGCUCACUCACCUGAAAGUUGAGAUCGAUGGAACCUUUCCCUCGGCUGACAUUGACUGGCUUAUGGUUUUUCUUCAAAUUCCCACCUUGACUCAUGUAUUCGGCACCAAAUGGACCAACCUGCCGCUAUGGGUGAGACCUGCAUAUCGCGAUUGCCAACGCCUCGUUCACCUUGAACUUCGUGACUGUACCUUUAAUGGCCCAAAUCUCCGAAGACUCCUCAAAUCAGCCAACAAGUUGGAAACAUUCAUCUACGAACGCGGCUGGACGAAUAAGAAGGGGUGGGUCCUGAAAUCUGCGGAACUGAGCCACGCGCUUCAAUACACAUCUCAGACCCUAACCUGUCUUGAACUGUCGAUUAAUCGAUGUGCCCGGAAGGUAUACGAGGAGUUGUAUCUUCAACCUCUCGACCUAGCGGGUCUUCGUCAUUUGAAGAAACUGCGAAUAUCAGCCGGCUAUCUUGUCCAGACUGAAUCGAAGAUGGAAUAUUUUGAAGGUCGCUUCUGGAGGCUAUAUGACCAGGAUGGAAUACUGAACAGUGGAAGACCUUUGCACGAGCUGCUUCCCAAGUCACUUGAGCAGCUGCACAUCGUCCAAAUUAAUGAUGGGCUUGAGUUUAUCCUCUUGUGUGAGAAGCUAUCCCAAAGUCUCUACGGCAGAGUGGUGCCCAUUCUAUCAGAGGCUCACCAAUUUCAACACCUCAAGGAGAUUAUCAUUGAGGCCCCCUUCGAGGAUCACGGCGAGCACUUAUUUGAGACACUCUCCAAAGCCGCAAACCAAGCUGGAGUGAAAUUGACAACAAUUGACAACUCUACCGAUUAUGUCAGAUCUUGGAUCACCGGGGAGUCACGAGUAUCUUGCCCAAAUAAGAAGAUCGACUGGGGGUUUGACGGCAAGAUUCAGUGGGCACAUCCAUUCACUCGGCGAGGUGCGAUGAAUCACGAUCUCCAUUGA